CUUAAGUAUUAAAAGCAGACCCCAUCGCGUGUUCGCAAGUAAAACAUUUCCGAAACUCGGACCCGGUUGUAUCUUUGGAUUUUCGGUAUUGUUCUCCUUUCCUGUUCUCCGCGUGUUCUCUCCGUUUCUUCUGUUUGUCCCGAAAUCCCUGUCAUGGAUGACAGAUCUUGAUCUUCGAUUGGUUUCCGCACCACAGCAGCAGCUAUGAAUAAAUGGACAGCUCCUGUCUUGCUGUUCUCCUUGCUAUGCUGCUUUGCACUUCUUGAUGGAAAGGAAAUAAGUAGAGAUAAGAGAGCUAUCAAAGGUGGCAGCGGUAGUAAAACUUCAGGAAGCGGUCGUUUCGGCGGGCAGGGUAGUCAGUCCAUAGGGACUGGGCAUUUUGGUGGCCACGGCGGACACCAUGGUGAAUGGUGGAGAGAAUGGUGGCAAAAAUAUAUUGGUGAAGUAACAGAUCCUACAGUCCGUCCUCUCAUAUAUCCAACAGAUGAGUAUGGAAAUAGGGUACCAUGCCCUUGCCUUCUACCUGGUACUACACCGGUGCCACCUCAGACAAGGCCGCCUACUAGACCCCCAGACAGACCACCUCCUCCCCCUACAAGGCCACCUGUUAGACCUCCACCUCCUACUAGACCCCCAGUAAGGCCACCACCUGUCACCAGACCUCCUCCUCCUCCUCCAACAAGACCUCCAGUAAGACCACCGCCAGUUACCAGACCACCGCCUCCCCCACCUACAAGACCACCAGUAAGACCUCCUCCUCCACCACCACCACCCCCGCCAACACGACCUCCAGUAAGACCGCCCCCAGUUACAAGACCGCCCCCACCCCCUCCGACUAGACCACCAGUUAGACCCCCUCCACCUCCACCACCACCCCCUCCAACAAGACCACCUGUAAGACCACCUCCUCCGCCACCACCUACUAGACCACCAGUAAGGCCACCUCCACCUCCACCCCCAACAAGACCUCCAGUAAGACCACCGCCAGUUACUCGGCCACCUCCACCUCCUCCUACUAGACCUCCAGUAAGACCACCACCAGUUACAAGGCCACCACCACCUCCACCUACUAGACCACCUCCACCACCACCACCUCCAACAAGACCUCCAGUAAGACCACCACCAGUUACAAGACCACCACCGCCCCCACCUACUAGACCGCCAGUGCGACCACCUCCCCCACCAACAAGACCUCCAGUAAGACCACCACCAGUUACAAGGCCGCCACCGCCUCCACCUACUAGACCGCCAGUGCGGCCACCUCCACCUCCAACACCUCCACCUCCAACAAGACCUCCAGUAAGACCACCACCAGUUACAAGGCCACCACCGCCCCCACCUACUAGACCACCAGUGCGACCACCUCCCCCUCCACCACCUCCACCUCCAACAAGACCUCCAGUAAGGCCACCGCCAGUUACAAGGCCACCACCUCCUCCACCUACUAGACCACCGGUGUGUCCUCCUCCUCCUCCACCACCACCCCCUCCUACAAGACCUCCAGUAAGGCCACCUCCAGUUACACGACCACCACCUACUAGACCGCCAGUGAGGCCACCUCCCCCUCCACCACCGCCACCACCAACAAGACCGCCAGUAAGACCACCACCAGUUACAAGGCCACCACGACCCCCACCUACUAGACCACCAGUGCGGCCACCUCCCCCUCCACCAUCACCUCCUCCUACUAGACCUCCAGUAAGACCACCACCAGUUACAAGGCCUCCACCACCACCACCUACUAGGCCACCAGUGCGACCGCCUCCACCACCACCUCCAACAAGACCUCCAGUAAGACCACCUCCUCCCCCUCCACCAACAAGGCCACCAGUAAGGCCACCACCACCUCCUCCUCCAACAAGACCACCAGUAAGACCCCCUCCACCACCUCCUCCAACAAAGACCUCCAGUAAGACCACCACCAGUUACAAGGCCACCCCCACCUCCCCCUACUAGGCCACCAGUAAGGCCACCCCCUACUAGACCACC